UUUCCAGGGAUUUUGGAGCGCGGAGAGCACUUGCGCGCCAAGAGAUCCAAGUCGCCAUCAAGAAAAGGUGUGUGUGGCUCCUCUCGCGGCCUCUCAAUCGCCGCGUAGAUCUGCUAGGCUUCAUCGGGAUCUAGAUCUCUGCGAUGGCGCGGCUUCGCAAGGCGACCGAUUCCUGGUGUGAGCCCUUGCUAGAGGCCGACCAGUGCCCCUGCGAGCGCCUGCCAGAUGUGGUCCUCUGCCGCAUUUUCAUGCUCUUGCCGCCUCGAUUGGUCGCCAGGGUGUGCUCCUUCGUCUGCCGCUCCUGGCGAGAUGUGUCACUGGAUCCCUCUCUCUGGUCUUACUACUGCCAGAACACCGGGCUUCGCUCAGCUGACGAGAUCAAGCUGAGUGGCGGCUGGAGAGCACUUUUCAUCGCGGUCUUUGGUCCCAAUCUCGUUGGAAGCCCCUGUUUCAGACCCAUCGAGCAGCUAGAGGUGGAUCAAGCCAAGAGCAAAGCUCCCGGGCCUUGGGAGCCUAAGCACAGGGUCAUACUGGAUAGGAUCGCGGUUCUCGACGACGUAGAAGAGAACUACCAUAGCUACUCUCACUGGGGGGUGGAGGCUGGGUCGCAGUUCCAUCGAGGUGGUGGCGAUGGCGUGGUACGAGAGAAUCCUCCAGUGGACUGCUCUCCUUGCCCGUCGGUUCCACUCGAGAGUGUGAUCGCUACUUCGCAUGAUUGGGGACGACUCCAGCACUACAUUGGCUUCCAGACUUUUUCCAACAAGUUCCUCGAUCAGAGCCCGCCGUUUGUUCUCACUGCCUGGUUUGCGGCGCGGAGAGGAUCGCCGGGGCUUUUCAGGAUCAACUUGCUGCUCAGGGAUGAUCUCAAGAACUGCAAGAGUGUCUGGGACUCUGGGAUUUUAAAUGCGAAGGAUGAGUGGCAACAAGCCAAGUUCAUUAUCAAGGACUACAACAAGGGAGUGAGGUCCGUUAUGGUGAAGCUUGCUGGGAAGUGCACGACCGGGGAACGGGGUUUCUACGGCACAAAAUUUACGGACGUGAGGCUGCAUUUUAUCCCGGUUUGUGAGAUUAAAAACUAUGCGGACUUUGACGAGGGUGUAUUCUUAGAUACUGUUGCAUAAAUUUGCAACUUGCUACGGUCUGUUCGGCCAGGUUUCUUAUUCAUCCCCUUUCUUCUGUUUGUAAUUGAAAAGGACACUGCAGA